UGGUUCGGCCGUUUGGCUUGGUACUGAGGGCGGUUUUGCUUGGUGCGGGCCGUGCGGGCCGUGGUGCGGAAAGCGCGGAAAGUUUUUUGGGUGCUGUGCUUGUUAUCUUCUCUCGGGACUGGUCGGCACGUAGCGAAGGGGAGUUUCUAUCGGUUGUUAUGUCCUGCCAUCCCUUCAUAAAUUCUUCAAGCUCUCCCAUAUCAUCGUACGGUCACCGUAGUUAGCGAUGGAGAGUGACGGAGGAACGUGCGACACUGGAACUUUUGCUGAAAGUGUGGUCACCGCAGACACCGAGCUCAGAUUUCUUCCCGGACGAGCGCGUUCGCUACUCGUCAACCUUCUGGACGCAGGCGAUGGAUGGAAAAAAAUACUUUACCUCAUCACGCAUCCAGAUCACUCCGACAGGAAACUCUUUAACGCCGAUCAUGCUUGGGUUCUUGAAAACGAAACCAGACGGAGCCGCACGGACGAAAUAUUGAAGUCGUGGAGUACAACUGGACGCAACCGUCCUAAAAUACGAGAUCUGCUGUGUUUACUCAAAGAAGCUGAACAGUACCGUGCUGCUUCGAUCAUAGCGACCGAUGUGCUUCAGGAGGCGCCUGUGGACGAGGGUGAUGAGUCUGUCCAAGAAUUGCUAUCUCAACUUGAUAUGGAGCCAUCGGCCCCGCCCCAGUCUGUCACCGAUUCCACUCCAGAUGUGAACAGCACAGAGUCCAGUGAUGCACUGGAGAUUCCAUAUGCUGUUCUGGUCAGGGCUACCAGGAACUUCCAUACUAAGGUUGGGGAAGGUGCCUUUGGCAUUGUCUACAAGGGAACCCUGCCAGAUGGCACGACUGUGGCUGUGAAGUGCCUAAAGGAAACAUUCCCAAAUAAAUUCUUGUCAGAAGUUGAAUUGCUACGAAGACUUAGACAUCCAAACCUUCUACCGCUAGUCGGUGUUGCAAAUGACAGCAGGCACUGUUGCAUCGUCUACAAGUUUAUGGAAUAUGGUUCACUACAGUCGUGUCUUGCGAGAGAGAAUGAUGUAGCUCCUAUGUACUGGGAAAAAAGGAUUUCUAUUUUGACAGAAGUUGCUGCUGCUAUCAACUUCCUUCAUACUCGCACACCAGACCCACUCAUUCACAGGGAUGUCAAAAGUGCAAAUGUGCUGCUGGAUGAACACUGGAGUGCCAAGUUGGGGGACUUUGGCCUCACACGUGUACUGGCCGGAAACGCCACCGCCGUCACAGAAAUUGUUGGAACCACAGUUUACAUGGCUCCAGAAGCCUUCCGUGGCGUCGUCUCCCCUAAAAUGGACACCUAUAGUUUUGGUGUUGUCAUCAUGGAGAUACUGACUGCACUGCCACUCUAUAUUUCCAGUAGAGGGCAUGCCAGAGACAUUCUGUCCUACUUGAGUGAGGAACACCCUGAUGACAUUGUGCCGGCCCUUGAUGAGUCUGCAGGAGAGUGGAACAUGGAUCUGGCAAGAAAGGUUCAUGAACUCGCAGAAAGCUGCAUUGACCCAGACAAACGGAGGAGGCCAACUAUGCAGCCGGUGUAUGAGCGAAUUCUGGAACUACAUAACAUCAUGUUUGCAUUGCCAGCUUGCUAGGAGGCAACAUUUCAGGAUGUUUUCAUGCUCCAAGACGAAUUGUCCUUUUUGGCUAAAAGUCUGAAAUUCUUCAGGCAGAUCUGUAUGCCAUUAAUUGUGUGCAACUCAUUUAUUGCCUAAAAUGUUGCAGUAUUUUUGGAUGUUGGUGCAAACACCUUUACAUAAAGUUUUCCCCCAAAAAAAUUUGACUUUCAUUUGUUUCAUGAGAUAAUGAACAUUUUGGUACGUUCUUCUUCACAUAGAAGUCCCAAAAUGGAAGCAGGUGGCUCCCAUUUUUGUGGUGCUCAACAAAGGAGAGUGUGCUGAUUAUGUUGUGUUCCGUUUAUUCUCGUGAUAUGCUGUGCAAGUGGUUUCUAUGCAUUAAGGAAUCUCCUUUCUACCAAAGAGCCCUGCAACUUAAUAGACCUGUACCACAGCGUCCGCCAUCGGACAUUAUAGAGAGUGAGAGGGUAUUGGAGUUGCUCGCAGUUGCCUCCAAGGUCGGCUUUGUCGUCUGCUAGAACCAGUUGUGCCUAGCGUUCCCGACAUUCCUUUUGGUGCUGCAGACGCUGCACGCCUCGAAUAAGUUCUAUUGGUAGGUUGCAUGUCUGCGCAAUCUCAAGAUGGUGUUGACAAAAAUACCAUUUUCAAAUUGGAUGAUGGACUAUAUCAUGUCAUUGCUCUAACAAGAAUGUUUGUUAGUGCUGUUGAUGGUUCAAGCUUCUUUGAAAUUGUGCUUGAUAUCUGUGGAGCCAGAAUUUUGUCAACCUUGUCCAAUGUAGCAAAUAAACCUGGACUCUUCAAAUGA